AUGGAUGAUGAUUCUUGUGUCGUCGCACGAUUGCCGACUAGCAUUGCUGGACCGCCGAGGUUGACCACUAAUUCGGAGGUUGCAACGAUGACAUAUUUACGAUCUAGGCUCACUCUUCCAAUCUCUCGAGUUCUAGACUGGAGUGAUGACCCUUCAAAUCCUAUCGGCACAGAGUAUAUCAUCCAGGAGCCCGUAACAGGUGCACCACUCCAUCAACUCUGGCCUACCAUGACCUCGGAACAACACAUGCUAUGCACCAAGGCACUUUCGCUAGCGAUGAAAGAAAUGGCCUCCCUGGACUUUCCAGCCUAUGGAAGUUUAUAUUUCUCAGAUGCACCGCUAGAUUCGGCACGCAAGAUUCACCUUGAGAAAAGCUUUUGCAUUGGACCUCAUUGCGGAUCGAUAUAUUGGAAUCGAGGCCCCAGGGAAAUUGAACUCUAUGGUGACUCAAGUCCUGAUUGUGGACCUUGGAAGAACCUGGAGAGGUAUUGUCAAGGCUUGAUACAAACUGGUUUCUCCCGUUUACCCAAAUACGCCAUCAAUAACGAACUUCUCCCCCAUCAAGGGUCGAAUCAAGAGCAUAUUCGACUGUUGAAUACCAGUCAAUCGAUAUUACAACACCUCAUCGAGGAUACGCGUGUUCAAGAGUCUGCGACACCGACUCUACUUCACCCUGAUUUCCAUAUGAGAAAUAUCUACGUUUCAAUCGAAGAUCCAACGGUUCUUACUGGGCUAAUUGACUGGCAAUCAACGAGUAUCGAGCCUGCAUUUACUUAUGUAAAUCAAACACCUGAUUUCGCCUCUAUUCCCGAGGACUUCGAGGAAGACACCUUUCAAGACGAACGUGACCCGAAGCAGAAGCAAAAAGAGUACAAAGAUGCAUUAAUCUAUAUAUGCAUAAAAGGAUUCGCACCGAAACUACGACCCGCAAGACUUCUCGACGAAUCUCUAUUCCAACUCUUCCGCUACAGCCACACCUCAUGGAGAGAUAGCGCCACCGCUUUACGGCAGGACAUAAUCGAUCUUUCGUCUCGGUGGGAUGAAUUAGGAGUAUCUAGUUCUUGUCCGUUUUCGCCGAGUAGAGAGGAACUUGGCCAACAUGCGCGGGAUUAUGAGGAUUUGGAGAUUGUGAGGGGACUUAAGCGGUGGCUUAGACGGUCGCUGGGUACGAAUUCGGAUGGGUGGGUGGAGAAUGAGGGAUGCGUAUCGUGCGGUUUAUGA